GGCGGUGACGUAAGUUCCGGCCGCCAACACUGACAGGCUUUUUUCGCGGUAAAAUGAAACACGCAUGUUUAUGUUGAUCGGAUCAGAUUCUGUGUUCUUGUGUCCACCAAAGACCGCGUAGUUUUGGGUAGCGGGAGUUUUCGCAUUAAUCGAGUUGCUGGUUUUGUUUUGAAGCGGGUGGAAAGCUAACUUUAGCUGUUGACGAACCAUCGCAACAUUUGGGCCGACAGCAUUUAAACGAAUAUUUGAUUAAACACCCGAAACAAUGGCGCUUGUUACCACAGAAAGCCUAAAGGCAGAACUGGAGACAUUCGAGAUUACCUGCGAAGAUGAAUCUGUUCUCGACAAGAUGGUUGAACUGUGCAUCUGCAGCAGGACACAGGCAGAACAAAUGCUGAAUGAGUGGGUUGCCUACAGUACCACAAAAGAUGGUCUAGAACUCACCCUGGAAAACCUGGAGCACUUUGAUCACGAGUUCCUAAAUAAGAGGAACAAAUCCAGAUCAAGCUCAAAGAAAGAUGACAGUUAUAACCGAACCAGAGACGUCCAUUCGUUGCAGGACCUAAUAAAAGCAGAAGAAGAGGAGGAGAAUCUUUUAGACUCUUAUUCCACUCCUGGGAAGCUCUCUCAGAAACGAGCUCUCUCCACUCCAGAGCAUCCUCAGUCCAAACGGACCACUGCUCUGCUAACCAGCCCGGGCCUGCUGCUGUCUCCAGCUAACUUUUCCCCCAGUCUAACCCCUUCACAGAAAUACAGCCAGCGAGGAAGUAAAGGAGAGGUGGUGGUUACAUUUGGAGCCGUGCAGGGCGCCCGAUGGACGGGCAGGAAAGAUCCAGGCGCGGGCGUCCAGGUGAAUCUUCUAGAGGGACCUGAGGACUCCCUCCACAGCAGCUACAAAUACAUGUUCCAAAGGCUGCGAGAUGUUCGAAAUGUGUUGACAGAGAAGAUUGAAGAGCUGGGAGAAAGCCUGAGGUCUCAGUUCAACAUUGAAGAGUUUUCAGUCGUCUCUCUGCCUGCUCAGGACAGCGUAACUGUACUGGGUCAGGUUUGCUGUGACAGUAACGGCAAACUGAAUGCACAGUCGGUUCUCCUGGAGGCAGGACAAGAGCAGGGUGGUCAGCAAGUGCCCGUUGACCUGUCUGAGCUAAAAGAAUAUUCUCUCUUUCCUGGUCAGGUGGUGGUGAUGGACGGGAUGAACACAACAGGAAAAAAGCUUGUGGCCUCCAAACUGUAUGAGGGGUGUCCUCUUCCUUUUUACAACACCACUGUAAACAUGGAGACUGAUGAAGCUGCAGAACCGCUCAAUGUUCUUGUGGCUUGUGGACCGUACACACCCUCUGACAGCCUGACCUUUGACCCUCUGAUAGACCUCAUCGGUGUCAUUGUCAGGGAUCGUCCUGAUGUCUGCCUGCUGUUGGGUCCUUUUGUGGAUUCCAAACAUCAACAAAUCGAGAAAGCCCAGGUGACGGAGACUUUUGAGACGAUUUUCUCCCGGUGUAUUGAAAGCAUUGUGGAUGGAACCAGAAGUGUUGGCUGUCACCUGGUGUUUGUCCCCUCCCAGAGAGACAUCCACCACGAUUUCAUCUACCCACAGCCUCCCUUCAUCCUGCCGAACCUCAGCAAGGACCAGGCCCAGCAUGUCACCCUGGUCCCUGACCCCUGCACGCUGCUGAUCGACGGAGUGACCUUUGGCCUGACGUCCACUGACAUCCUGUUCCACAUGGGAGCAGAGGAGAUCAGCUGCGGCACCAGCUCAGACAGAUUCUCCCGCAUCCUGAACCACAUGCUGACUCAGAGGAGCUACUACCCCCUGUAUCCGCCCACGGAGGAGGUGAACAUGGAUUACGAGAAGUUCCAGAUUUUCGGCCAGAUGUUGCUCACUCCAGAUGUUCUUGUUGUUCCCUCGGAGCUGCGAUACUUCGUGAAGGAUGUGGUGGGCUGCGUGUGCGUGAAUCCCGGACGACUCACCAAAGGCCAGGUGGGAGGGACGUACAGCCGGCUGCUCAUCCGACGCAGCGCUACAUCCGCGGACGGCAAGCGAGCGAGCCCGUGCUUAACGGCUCAGGUUGUUAAAAUAUGAUGUGAUAAAGGCUUAGUGUUAUCAAGAUGUAAAAUGAGCUGAAUUAGCUACACGUUUUCUGUUUUUCUUACCAAGAAUUUAAAAAUAUCUCCUUCCUGUUUACAUCAUAAUAAAUAUUGGUCUAUUUUUAUGUUCCAAAACAUCUGGUGGGCUGUUGAUUUCAGGAGAAAUAAAUUAUUGAAUUAAUUUGUACAGUUUUUUGUUCUGUCCUCUAGAAUGUGUUUUAUUUUAUCUCCGCAGUCAUCUCUGUCCUGUUUGCUGCUUUAUUAAAACUUUUCUUACAAGAGAAAUAAACUUUGGGUCAUUUAUGAUUUUA